AAGUUGGCCAGCAGUGGACAAAUAUAUGGACGCAUCCAACGACGGAGUACCCAGUGGCCAUGGGGACUGUUUGGCUCUUUCUCCUCUUCAAUUGCUUGGUAUAUAUGCUCAUCGCGCUCUAUGUCGAGGCCAUUCGCCCAGGGGAGUACGGGGUGGCCAAGCCAUGGAACUUCCUCUGCCUGCUGCACGUGUGACGUCGCCAAACGAGCUAGGAAGCAGAGACACAUCGACGUUGGACGAAGCGAGAGACCUAGUUGGUGACUUGGGGAAUUUUCUGGGUUUUGGUGACGAUCGCCUGUGUGUCCGACCGAUGAUUUCACGUGGGUGCUCCGCGGGCCAACGGGUGUUCCCAGGAAACAAAUUGGCGGUGAACAAUUUGAGCCUGAACAUGUAUGAGGGCCAGAUCACUGUGCUUCUUGGACACAACGGAGCAGGCAAGACUACUACAAUUUCGAUGAUAACAGCCGGUGUGACCAAAGUAGUUGACGUGCCCGUAAACACUAAAUACUUAUUCACUUACAAGCCUUGUGCACCACCAUGCUGUGUUGUCUUCGUGCAGCUGAAGGGGCUGACGGGCAAGGAGCUAAAGGACGAAAUCGACCUGUUCCUGAAGCUGAUCCAGAUGGAGGACAAGAGGAACAAGCAGGCGCGCACCCUCUCUGGUGGCAUGAAGCGGAAGCUGGCCGUUUGCAUGGCUCUCUGCGGCAACUCUAAGGUGGUGUUCUUGGACGAGCCGACGUCGGGCAUGGACCCCGCGGCGCGGCGCGCGCUGUGGGACCUGCUGCGCGAGGAGAAGGCGGGCCGCACCCUGCUGCUCACCACGCACAUGAUGGACGAGGCGGACGUGCUGGGCGACCGCAUCGCCAUCAUGGCCGGUGGCCGGCUGCAGUGCUACGGCUCGCCCUACUUCCUCAAGAAGCGCUUCAGCGGCGGCUACCACCUCGUGGUGGUGAAGGGACAGCGCUGCAACACCGGCAACGUCACCAAG